CGAAAGCAGAGCGGGUUGUCGUUGCAGCGGCAGAAUCUCAUCUGAGGAGAACUUGUGCACCUCACCAAAACUCACACAAGCCGUACAUGUUUGGAGCUUUGGACAAAUGCCCAGGAAGACACAACUACAUUACGCGUUUCAGGUCCUGUCAGUGGAUAACUAUGCCAGUGAUACUUUCUACCACGGACAGGAGCGAUCCCAGUGAGAGAAGAUAAGACACAGAAAACAUGACAUCUGAAAAAAAUCAAAAGAUGGUCAAGACUGUUGCUGUGUCUCAGCAUACUUCACCGCCAUCAUCCGGACUUAGGACCAGCAGAGAAGCAAGACGCUCCAAUGACAGCCAGGAAACACAGAAAUUCUCUGAGCAGUUGUGGCAAUCGAAACAGCGAAGCAGCCCCUCGCUUCUAUUCUAUAGGAAGCUAACUUGUGAUCACGACGAAGGGACAUUUUUGGACAAAGAUUAUGAGUGUUUGGCAUUUUGCCCAGAGAGAGAGCCUCACCAAGAGCAUUUUCUUGAUAAAAAUAUCAAGACAACCUUUGAGAAAUGCCCUCCAAGUGAUACCACAGAGUGUCUGGGCCAACUGGAAACUAUCGAUACAAUCAGAAAGAAAAAUGAAUACUUGCACAACAGCACCAGCAUUAAUGAGCAUGCUAAUAGCACCAAGAACUGUUGUCCCAAGUCCACUCAAAGCCCCUGCAAUAGUCCUGAUUACAGUUCUCAAGUCAUCUAUACGUCUCGACCAAACCAGCAUCACGCCCGUCGCAGCAGCAUGCCUGUGUCUGUGAUGGCUUUCUACAAGACCUCAACGUACCUCUUAACGUCUUCCAGUGAGCCCAACUCUUUAACAUCAUCUCCUUGUAAUUCUCCACAACUGGAAAGCCAAAGGAAGCACCGAAGUGGACACAGGCUCAAAGAUGGUUACUCAAGUUUGGAGAGGCUCAACAGAAAGCCAAGAGUGAAGAAGUGCUCCUUGGAAAGUUUCUUCCUGAGACGGACUUCUCUGGAGACCAUGGCAACCACCAGGAGGCAUGAGGAGCGAGGGACACCUGAAGUGAGCCCAGCCUUCAGCAGCUCUGACGGGGAGGAAGAGGACUCUUCGCUGGAUGACAUAGAUUUUGCGAGAAACCGGAAAGAACGUUCCACUGUUUUGGUCAGGCGCUUCUUCAAGAACAACAAAAAGGUGACCAAGUCUGUUUGUACUGGAACUCAAGCGAUCGUCAGGACUCUUCCAACUGGGCGCAUCUCGGUAGAUCUAUGGAAGGAUGUUGUCUGCCAGGGGAAGUGGACACCAGACAGACAUGAUCUUUGGCCAUUCUUUAGAGGUGGCAUUGAAGAACUCACAGCCUGCCAGUUGAUGCUUCACUACGUUGGUCUUAGACUGCAAAAGGUUGCCAACUAUGAACUGCUGGCACAAGAGGUCAACCUGAUCCACCCUGCCAAAAAACUUCUGUUGUCCACUCUUGGUUGUGUCUGCCUCAGGAAUUCUUGCUGGACCCAACCACAACCAAGUCCCCUCCUGGAUCCUCCAUGGCAUGGUUCAUCCUGUCCAAAUAGGCUUUACCGUGCGUGUAGCCUACGAACAGCCGUGUGCUCUCUUCUGACUGGAGCACUGUUGGAAGCAACAGCAGCUCUUGGGGCCCGCUCCUCUUUUCCCUGCCCUGUUACUGCCCAUACAAGCAGCCACGCUGUUCUGAAAGAACGUCAGCUGGCCAACAGUAUGUCCAGCAACUCUCUUCCACCCAGUGUCAGUGGGAUCAGUAAGGAGCUGGCUGAGCUUCGACACCUCGUCCAGUUCCCGGAGGAGAUUGCCUGCAUCCUUACUGAGCAGGAGCAGCAGCUGUACCAGCGGGUUUUUCCCUUGGACUAUCUGUGCUUCCUCACUCGUGAUCUAGGCAGCCCCGAUUGUCAAACCAAACGCCACCCGAACCUGAAGGCCUCGCUGUCUGCGCCCACCAUGCCCACACAGCCCUCACAGUGUAAUGCUGUUGAGGACCUGGUGGCACGAUUCAAUGAGGUGAGUUCGUGGGUGACAUGGCUGGUCCUGACUGCCGGAUCUAUGGAGGAGAAGAGAGAGGUGUUCUCCUACUUGGUGCAUGUUGCCAAAUGUUGCUGGAACAUGGGGAACUACAAUGGUGUAAUGGAGUUCUUAGCUGGUCUCAGGUCUCGCAAGGUACUCAAGAUGUGGCAGUUUAUGGAACAGUCGGAUAUCGAAACCAUGAGAAGCCUUAAAGACGCAAUGGCUCAGCAUGAGUCAUCAUCUGAAUACAAGAAGGUCGUCACCAGAGCUCUUAAUAUCCCAGGCUGCAAGGUUGUGCCCUUCUGUGGAGUUUUUCUGAAGGAGCUUGGUGAUGCAUUGGAUGGAACAGCGAGUAUCAUCCAUCUAAAACCAACUCCUCUGCGCACAGAGGACUCCAUUGAGUUUGUGUCGGAAUACAACGGCCAGCACAACUUUGUGUCACGAUCCAGCUCGGAUGGCCUUCACGUCCCAGAGAAAGAAGCUACUGUCAAUAACAUCCUCCAGAUUAUCAGAUCAUGUAACCGCAGUUUGGAGGCGGAAGAUCCUGAUGAUACGUCACUCAACCCAUCCUCAACUGGACCAUCACCUGCAUCCAGAAACAACUCCUUAAGGGACCGCUGUCGAAAUCAGUUCCUGGUGGGAGACUUGUCCGACUCAGAGAACGACUUGUCUGGUGAAUCAACGGUCAGGGAGUUGGAGUUUCAGGGCAUUGUUGAGACGCACAAAGCUUUUAGUCAUGGAACUGAACUCAUUCCGUGGUAUGUGCUGUCACUACAGCCGGAUGUCCACCAGUUUCUACUACAGGGGGCCACAGUAAUCCACUACGACCAGGACACUCACCUCACGGCACGCUGUUUGCUCCGCCUGCAGCCGGACAACACAACUCUCACUUGGGGCAAUCCUCACAGUGGAUCAGCAGAGCAGCCACAGGGUUUAGGACACGCCGUGACGGCUGGUCUGGCUGAGGGCCUAUUGGAUCUGGCUGUGGUGAAGGCCGUGUUUCUGGGACACCAGGGAGUUGAUGUCCAUGCUGUGUGUUUGCAAAACAAAUUGAGCCACAUGACUGUCGAGGAUAAUAGUUUGACUCUCCUGUACGGCCAAACUACCACAGAUAAUAGACUACUACAUUUUGUCGCCCCCAAUCAUACUGCACGGAUGCUCCACAAGGGCUUAACAGAACUUGUGAGUGCGACGAGGAAACUCAAGAAGUUUCCAGACCAGAGGCUGCAGUGGCUGAGGAGGCAGUAUGUCGCUUUGUAUCAGGAGGAGAGCCGUUGUGAGGGUCCGACACUUGCCCAAGCCAUUGAACUGUUUGGCGGACGCAGGUGGAACAUGGCGUCGGGGAGUGCUGACAAAUCUACGACACAAAAAAAUAGUCCCCUCAAUGACAAGGCCAGGAAGAAAAAGAAGGCCCUAGUUAGGGGGGACAGUGGUGAUGCUACUGAUGAUGAGAUGGGAGCUAGGAAGACUCGAAGCUGUAAGGAGAUGCUUUAUCGAAAUGGCCCCGAGUCUGACAGCAUGGACCAAGAUGAUGCUGAUGAUGGUUUUCCUGGGACAUUCUCAUCCUCAGCAAGCAAAAGUCCCCCGGCACAGCUAGCAUCUUCCUCCUCCUCGUCUUCUUCCUCAAGCAUGACAGGGUCCACUCAGUCCCGCCCUCAGUCCUCUCCUGUUCUAUCAGGAAACCUCAAGUCACAACCAGGGACAUGGAGCAGCAGGUCAUGGCACGGUCGUGGCAAAGCUUGUUUCAAAGGCUUCCAGAACUUGAUGAUCUCGGACAGCACCAUGAGCUUCAUUGAGUUUGUAGAGCUCUUUAAGUCAUUCAGUAUUCGAAGCAGAAAGGAUCUCAAGGAAGUGUUCGACACCUUUGCCGUUCCCUGCAGUCGUUCAAGUCCUGAGUCGGCUCCUCUGUACACCAGUCUUAGAAUUGAUGACAAGGAUCCUGAGGGUUUACAGCCGGACCUUGACCUGCUGACCCGUAACGGUUCUGACCUUGGCCUGUUUAUCCGAAUGAGGCAGCAGAUGCCUGAUAAUCAGAAGCAGAUCUCUGAUGCUAUUGCUGCUGCUAGCAUAGUUACCAAUGGCACCGGUGUGGAGAAUGCGUCGCUUGGAGUCCUGGGGUUGGCUAUUCCGCAGCUCAAUGACUUCCUGGUCAACUGUCAGCGCGAGCAUUUGAGCUAUGAUGAAGUUCUUAGCAUAAUCCAGAAAUAUGAGCCAUCGUCCAGUAUGAGACAAAUGGGUUGGAUGUCAUUUGAAGGCUUUGCAAGGUAUCUGAUGGACAAAGACAACUGUGCAUCUCGUAAUGAGGAGUCACAGAUGAACCCAGAGGAGCUUCAGUAUCCUCUAUCCUACUACUACAUUGCCUCGUCUCACAACACUUACCUGACCGGACACCAGCUGAAAGGAGAAUCAUCAGUGGAACUCUACAGUCAGGUUCUCCUGCAAGGUUGUAGGAGUGUGGAACUGGACUGUUGGGAUGGAGAUGACGGCAUGCCAGUUAUUUACCAUGGACACACGCUCACGACAAAGAUACCCUUCAAGGAUGUGGUGGAGGCAAUUAACCGCUCAGCAUUUGUCAAUUCCGACAUGCCUGUCAUCUUGUCCAUAGAGAACCAUUGCUCGCUUCCACAGCAACGCAAAAUGGCUGACAUCUUCAAGACAGUGAUCGGGGAUCGUCUUGUGACACGCUUCCUCUUUGAGAGCGACUUCAGCGAUGACCCUCAUCUGCCGUCACCCUGGCAGCUGCGUGGCAGGAUCCUCCUCAAAAACAAGAAACUGAAAGCCCACCAGGCCCCUGUGGACAUCCUCAAGCAGAAGGCUCACCAGUUGGCUCACUUGCAAGCCCAAGCCAGUAACGGGUCACCCAUUGCUUCACCUGGAAAUAAUGGAAAUGAGGAAGAAGAAGAGGAUGAAGAUGAGUACGAUUACGACUAUGAGUCUUUAUCGGAUGACAACAUCCUGGAUGACAAGCCGGAGGGGAAGAGUUCGGGAGACAAAGACGAGCAGCCAACUGAUGAACUACCGAAGAGGAUGAAGAAGAGUGAGAACAGCAGCACUCAGAGCAAAGGAAAGCAGGUGUUUGACAUGGAGCUGGGAGAGGAGUUCUAUCUUCCACAGAACAAGAAGGAAAGUCGGCAGAUCGCCCAGGAGCUGUCUGACCUGGUCAUCUACUGCCAGGCCGUCAAAUUCCCUGGCUUGUCUACGUUGUCUCCUGCCGGCUCCAGCCGAGGGAAGGACAGAGGAAAGAGCAGGAAGUCCAUAUUUGGCACAGCGCCUGCUCGCUGCAGCAUGACGGGGGAGGUCAUGAGCCAGAACCGCACCCCUGGGAAAGGUGGCAGCGAUCGUCUCAGUUGGGAUGAUCAACAAACGUCCCCCGUGCUCAAUCCUCCAACUUCCCUCAGCGCCAUCAUCCGAACACCCAAGUGCUAUCACAUCUCCUCAGUCAACGAAAACGCUGCAAAGCGUCUGUGCCGCCGCUACUCUCAAAAGCUCAUCCAGCACACUUGCUGCCAGCUGCUCAGAACUUACCCGGCUGCCACCAGGAUCGACUCAACCAACCCAAAUCCUUUGCUGUAUUGGUUGCAUGGGAUCCAGCUGGUGGCGCUAAACUACCAGACAGAUGAUCUGCCAAUGCACCUAAACACAGCGCUGUUUGAGGCCAAUGGAAGUUGUGGUUAUGUGCUCAAGCCUGCGGUGCUGUGGGACAAAAGCUGUCCACUUUAUCAGCAGUUCUGUCCAAUGGAGAGGGACGUGGAGAAAAUGAAUCCUGCCGUCUACUCGCUGACUAUCGUGUCUGGUCAGAAUGUGUGUCCCAGCAACAGCUCGGGCAGCCCCUGCGUCGAGGUGGAUGUCCUGGGAAUGCCCGUGGACAGCUGCCACUUCCGCACCAAACCCAUCCACCGCAACACGCUCAACCCCAUGUGGAGCGAACACUUCCAGUUCAGUGUGCACUUUGAGGAAUUGUGCUUCAUCCGCUUCGCUGUUGUGGAGAACAACAGCUCCCAAACCACCGCACAGAGGACUCUGCCUUUGAAAGCCCUCAAACCAGGCUACAGACAUGUGCAGUUGAGAACACAUCAUAAUGAACCACUUGAAGUGUCGGGUUUAUUCAUCUACAACCGCAGAAGAGAGGAAAUUCCAGCAGGAGGCACCACCUCUUCAUCGUUGCUUUUCAGUCCAGAGGAGAAGCGUGUUGUCCCGCAGCACAGGGUCACUGUACAUGGAGCUCCUGGUCCUGAACCCUUCACUGUCUUCACCCUGACCGAGCAAACCACAGCAAAACAACUGCUGGACCUGGUCGUGGGGUCCGACAGAAGCACGAAUGAGUACUUUUUAUGUGAAGAGAAGGUUCCAUUGGUGAAAGAGCGGGGUGAGACCAAGCGCUGCUGUCAACACCGCCCUCUAGCGCCGGAGGAGGAGGUUGUCAGGCUGGUGUCCUUGUGGGACACAGAAGACGGAUGUGUGGGGAGACUUUUACUUAAAUGUCGAGAGGAGAGUUUGACUGAGAAGAGCACAACGCCGGAGGGAGACGAGGCGGCCUCUGCAGGGGUCAAAGACGGAGCAGCUGUCGGAGUCGGGGAGGACGAUAUGUUCUUCAUACAGGUCCAUGAAGUUUCACCAGAGCAGCCUCACACCGUCAUCAAGGUGCCGCGCUACAGCACCGCCCAGGACAUCAUCCAGCAGACGCUGACCAAGGCCAAGUACUCCUACAGCAUCCUGACAAACCCCAAUCCAUGUGACUACGUCCUGAUGGAGGAGGUCACUAAGGAGCCUGGUUCUAAGAAGUCCUCCACUGGCAAAGCCCUUCAGCGGGUGCUGCUGGAUCACGAGUGUGUGUACCAAGCGCAGAGCCGCUGGCGGGGGGCGGGGAGGUUCGUUCUGAAACUGAAGGAGCAGGUGGCGAGAGAGGACAAAAAGAGAGUCAUUUCAUUUGCCAGCGAGCUGAAGAAGCUGACCAGUCGCAGCCGCACCAUGACCACCGGGGUGGGAGGCGUGGACGGGCCGGCCCAGAGUAAGGACGAAAGAGCAGCAUGCUGUGUGGCGCUGACUGAGCUGCAGGAGUGAAGCUCUCUCUUUUGCUGUCUGUGCAUGGGACAGCGACAGAGGGUACCUGUCUGCAGCCGCAGGUCUGAAGGCCUGGGUGGCUGAGGGCAGAGUGGGGGCGGGGCGCUUCCUGCACGGCUCCUCCUCCUUGUGCCGGCGGACACUCCAACCAGACCACCUCCCCACCUCCUCCUUCACUCUGGCCCCGUGGAAGCUCCACCUCCUUCGUAACUGGAAGAUCCACAAAUGAAGACCGGAGAGAUUUACCUCCAGGUUUCUUUCAGGGUGAUGACCACAGGAACUUUGGCUCGUCCAGCAAGACGGGGGCCGACGCUGGUUGGUUCACCGUGAUGAAGAGAGAGUAGAGGUCAGGAGCACAUGGAGAAGCUGUCACACUGAAUGUGAGCUUUUUUUUUUUUCCCCCUGUCACUCUUCACUUCUUUAGACUCUCCUGAUGACGCCGGACGAUAGAACAGGCUAGCUGAGGGUGACCUCAGAUGAUGGGACAGUUUGAUGUGUGUGGGAUUAGUAGCCUGAUGUUUGGGAUCAUAGAGGUUUGUGCAAAGCGGGUGAGAAGGUUUUGGGCAUUGAAGACGAGCAGGCUUGUCUGGUUCUUUAUUUUAAAUUCACAGUACUGUACUGACACAUUCUGGAUGACAAAGCUUCAUUCAUUCACAAGUUCAUUUUUAGUUUCAUUCGAUUUAUAAAUCAGUCUUCGACAUGUAAAAGUACUGAAUAGAAAGUUUAAUGAUCAGACUUGUGCAGCGAAGAGUAAGUGUUUUUUUCUUUUAUUUUUUAUGACAGAAAUAGAAAACUGUUGUAGAGUUCCGACUGAUGAGCCUCAAACACACUGGCUCCAUCCGCCGUCUUCAUAUUUAUUUAUGAGUCAUUAUUUAAAGAUCAGUCGGCCACUACUAAGGAAUACUGCGAAAAUAUUAUUUUAAUUGGGUCUACUUAAGUGAUUUGAAUAAAUAUAUGAUCAUUUGGCUCAAUUUCAGGAUAUUUUUAGGAGUCACAUUAAAUAUAUCUUUCUGAACAGGAAUGUGCCUUGGUCAAUAACUGAAAUAUUUGUCCUAAUCCUGCUUCACCUGUGUUCUUAAGACGCUAAACGCAGUAUGUUGCUUUGUAGUAAAACACUAUAACAGUCCUGCCAGUGACACUGCAGUAAUCACAACACCUGAAUUAUGCAAUAAUCUGCUGAAUAUAAAAACUUUCUGUGUUCCAUAUGGUCAUUAUAAAGUAAUGGAUGGUGAGUUUUCUAUGUGGCCUUCACUGUUUUUGAAAAUGUAGUUACAUCAUCGCAUCAUAACAACUGUUUACUGUUUUAUAACAGAGAAAACACACAUCUGCCUUACGAUUCGCUGCAAAUAUGAGACUCACUGAGUUGCGUGCCAUACACAGCGUGCUGCAGACGUGCUGCAGAUGUGUAUCUCCACCUCAGGAGAGCCGGUUAUAGUGGCGUAGUGAUGCUUUUACUACAUUUCCAGAAGUUCUAAUUCAGUCUGUUGUUGUCUCAAAUUAGCUUUAUUAUAAGGGUAAAUCAAUUCCCAUGCAGAAACGUGACACAAUGACAGGACAAACACACAAACUGCUCACAUUUAUUUCAAAAACUACAGAUUCCAUUGAUGUGAAACUGCUCAUAGCAUUUGCACUUUUUUUAUUUUAUUGUGAUGUUUCAACUCAAACUUGUGUUUAUUUAUAAAUAUUUGCCCUACUGUGAUUUAUUUAGGGAUGUACACUAUUCCUCCUCUUUCUGUCUAUUUCACCAGGGGUUCAUUGUUGUAUGGAUUCAUAAUCCUAAUGCUCACCUUGAUGUUCCGUCUGAUCCAAGCUUCCACCUCUAGUUUAACUCACUUCUUCAACAUGCUCUGCAAUGAGCAAGCCAAAGGCUCUCACACUGUUAAUGGGUGAAUAAGUGGGAAUCACAUCAUAAUUUAAUCUCCAACAAACCAACUUGCUGAAAUAUAUAAACGUGGAAGCCUUGAACAUGCUGAAUAUUUAUUGAAGUUAUUUGACUGUUAUUCCACAUCAGCCCUGUAGUUGCAGACAUAAAGGUUGACUCAUUUAUUGAAACAAAAUUUACCUCAAAGACAGUUUUAGGUUUGUUAAAAAAAAUCAUAUAAAACAAAGUUUGAGUUUUUAAUACUUUUUUUUAAAAAUGAUUUCAUCAUAAAAGUUCAUCCAUGUAAUUGUUAUGAUAAGAGUUUCUUGUGGAAACUUUCAGUGGCUGGAGAGACGUUUGAAAUACUUCAGUGACUGUGUGAUGCCAGUAGUAUGAGGAAAAUUGUGGGUAUUGUUAAGCCAUUUUCACUCAAAAGUUGAAGCAUUAGAACUGAAUUUUCUGCUCGUUGCUGCCCCUUACUGACUACAAUCUUUUGAUUUGGGAUUGUGCUGCUCCUUUUUUUUUAAAAUUCUUGAUUUGUCUUAUCUUUGACCCAGUUAUGGAAGGCCAGCAUUGUUGAUGGUCAGGAUCCCAGCUAGUAGAAGCAGCACACGAUCAAGUGAAGUCUCUUUCCCUUUCUUUCAUGUCACUUGCCACGUGUAAGAGGAUGCUCAACACUUAGUGAUACAGACGUUGAGCUUCAUCCUCCUGCUCCACCGCGAGCCCUUGUUUCUGAAUGUAGCAUUUCUUCAACUAACCAGUGUGUUUGGAUGUUAUUUAUUUGACUGUGAAGCCCUGGCUGGCUCCCCACUGUUGGCAUCCAUCUUUUAUUUCCUGUCAAAGCUUGGUUUUACUUGAACUGGGACGUGAGAAGUCUGUUUCCCUCUAUUACGCAGAGCUUUUAGAAUGUAUCUGACACUUUUUAGUGUUUAAAUGUUUCAAUCUAGUUCAGUCACGCCGUCGUGUUUUAUUCAGUGGUUUCAGUCGAAGUUGAAACACUGAAAACAUCAUCUUCUGAACAUCCACUGCUAACAACAGUUGCCUUGUACUUGAAUUUAUGAAACCUUCUUUUGUCAUUCUGACUCACAACAAGAAUAAUAAAUUGAUUGAAAGUCCUGUGGAGUCUUUAUUUUCAUGGUGAUUCCAUAUUUUUUUACAACUUUGUCUCACCAAUAUCCCAAUGAAGUAAACAUUGUUUUGUUUUUUACCGUUUAGAUGUGUAUCUGUCACUA